AUGUCCGACCACCCGCCCACCGCGCUCGCCAUAGCGGUGCUGAUGAACCCGCCGCCCGCCCCGCUCACCUGGAAAGACUUCGAACCGCUGGUGGCCAAGUGCGCCGCGCUCGUCAGGCUUGAGAAGGACCAUUCCAAGGCGAAAGCCUUCGCGACAAGAUAUUCUGACCGCCGCGCUGAUGACGGCGUUUUGGCUCUCUUCUGCGACGGAUCGGCCUCUGGCAACAUCCCUGCUGGUGUCACGCAGGUGCACCUGGGCGGCCAGGAGUGCAAGGUCAAGCCGGCCAGCCGCAGGUGGACAAGCUCAAGCGUCGCAUUCAGGAAGAACCCGACAGACAAGGAAUGGCAGAUGCGCGGCUACCCGACCCCUCUGCUCUUCAGCAACAACAACGCCGAGCUGGACGGCUUCUACCGGGCCAUGGUUGUGGCACAGGAGCGGCUGGCAGUCGACUUCACCAUCGCCAAGCUGCUGAUCUUCACCGAUGCUCAGACGCUCCUAAAGGUGAUCCUGAAGAUGGCGAGGACUCGCCAGUUGCCUGAUUGGGACUGGCCGCUCUUGUUCAAGGUCAUGCAGAAGAUGGUGGAGCUGUCGGAGACCCCUGACGUUAAGCUCGAGUUUCACUGGCAGCCCGGACACCGUGGCGUAGAGGGAAACGUCAUGGCCGAUCUAGUUGCCGGUCUGGUUCGCCCUGACAAGCUCUGGCCUGAGGCGUAUCCCACCGAGACUGGCACCAAGAACAGGUCAAAGAGGCUGGGAAACAUGGCGGCUAUGAGCACCUCAGAGCACUCUGCCUCAGCUCAGCAGUACAUGCAGCACCGCCAGUCACAGAACUUGCAGAAGCAUGCAAGGAACAGGAUCCCCCAGCUUUCCCUGAUGGAUGUCGAAAACCUGGAUCCGGACGUCCCCAUUCCUAGCAUCGAGGAUCCAGACAUCCCUAUGCCCAGCGUUGAGGAUCCAGAUAUCCCUAUUCCCAGCGUUGAGGAAGACUACCAAGCAAGCCAGAAGGACAAUGAGGGGGCUAGGGACGAGCAGAUGGAAGGAGAGAGCGAUUCAGACUCGGAUGGCUCCAUACUCUCGGACCCUCGACUUGGCCCACUCUACUACGAGUUGGACAGGGGAUGGCGCGAAAGCGGACCUGAGAGGAAGACGAAGGAGCAGGAGGAGGAGGAGCGGAAGAGGAAGGAGAAGGAGGAGGAUGAGGAGAGCUUCCAUGAUCCCCUCUAUGGCCGACUCCUGCGCAUUUUGACCGAGGGUCGUGACAAGCCGCUCUAUGGGGAGAUGUAG